AUGGGUAUCUCGCGUGACUCGAUGCACAAGCGCCAGGCCACCGGUGGAAAGCAGAAGGCAUGGCGCAAGAAGCGAAAGUAUGAGCUUGGCCGCCAGCCUGCCAACACCAAACUGUCUAGCAAUAAGACAGUGAGGAGGGUCCGUGUCCGUGGAGGUAACUACUCAUGGGGAAGUGAGGCUCUUACAUUCAAGACCCGCAUCCUGGAUGUGGUCUAUAAUGCAUCAAUCAAUGAGCUUCAGUGGUACCUCACGCACUAUGGAGUGGACAUCGGUAGGAAGAAGAAGGCGCCUGUUGCCAAGAAGGAUGCAGCCGAGGGGCAAGAGGGUGAGGCUAUAGCUGGGGAAACAAAGAAAAGCAACCAUGCGCAAAGGAAGCUUGAGAAGCGCCAGCAAGGGCGUGCACUUGACACUCAUUGA